UCCGUGUGCGCGACAGUGAGGCUUGCCGGGGGACACGCUUCUUACAUGCGUGAAGAAAAAUGAAGCUUCGCUCAGAGUGUCUGCCAAAAAGUGAGCAGGGAACCGUUUUGUAUAUUCUGAGUCAGCUGCCAGAUUUUCCACCGUGCAAAGAUCAGGAUUACAGCCAUGAAGAUUUACUGCAAACAGCUGAAACAUUCUUAAAAUCAAGAAUUAAAGAAGGGGAUGUUCAAGCAAAUUUUCUUCUGGGGCAGCUUUUCUUUGAGGAGGGCUGGUAUGAAGAUGCCUUGUUGCAGUUUGAGAAAGUAAAAGAUGAAGAUAAUCAAGCUUUGUAUCAGGCUGGAGUGAUGUAUUACGAUGGGCUGGGAACUCAGGAAGACCAUAGGAAAGGAGUGAAGUAUAUGGAAAGAAUCGUUACGUCAGACUGUCCAAGUGCAAAACACCUAAAAUAUGCUGCCGCCUAUAAUUUGGGGCGAGCGUAUUUUGAAGGUUACGGGAUUCCUCAUUCUGACAAAGAAGCAGAAAGGUGGUGGCUGUUUGCUGCUGAUAAUGGAAAUCCAAAGGCAAGCCUGAAGGCACAGAGUGUGCUGGGGAUGUAUUAUUCAAGCCCACCUAAUGUGGAUCUGCAAAAGGCAUUCUUGUGGCAUUCCGAAGCAUGUGGCAACGGUAGCCUGGAGUCACAAGGGGCGCUGGGUGUUAUGUACCUGUAUGGGAAUGGAAUAAAGAAGAAUGUGCAGGCUGCAAUAGAGUGUUUGAAGGAAGCAGCAGAGCGUGGAAAUGUAUAUGCACAGGGGCAUCUGGUCAGCUGCUACUAUCAGAGGAAACUCUACACAAAGGCUGUGGAGCUAGCCAAGAAGAUUGUGUCACAUGACAAUAUUGAACUGCUCGUAAAUACAACCGAUUGCCUUCCUUCAUACACUGUCAAAGGAGUUGCCAUAGCCACAUUCUAUUUUGCUAGAUGUCUCCAUCUUGGACUUGGCAUCAAACAAGAUAGCACAGCUGCGAAGCAGUUAUAUUCAAAGGCAGCCCAACUGGAUGCGCAAGUAGCUGCUGAGCUGAACUUUGACAUCAUUUAUGGAAAGAUUUAAUUUGAUUUCAACGCUUUGGUGAUACCAGCAUGGAAUGGGUACCUGUUAACUGCAUUUACAGUUCAACCACCAGUACAAGUUGUUUAGGUAUACAGUAAUUAAAGGCCUGGAUGCAUAGAUAAUUUAGCCUUGGAAUUAAAUAUCUAGGUAUUAGGCAGGUUUGUCAGCAAUUAGUCCAUUUAGCUUAUGGACGCUUCCCUUUCGCCCAUUCUGCACGGAUGCAAUGGCUGAAAGUUUGGGUGGUUGUGAAGUGUCUUCCGGACUUUGGCUGCUGGGAAUGACACAACAACAGUCAUGUUUAAUAUCUACAUUUAUAUCACUGGUAUGAACACCUGCUGGUCAUUUAGCAAAGAAGCUAUAAUGCACAUUAAGGGGCAGAUUUAUUAAGGGUCAAAGUGAUAAUUAGAAUUUUAGAAUUUUUUUUUUUUGGUCAAAACAUUCAAAUUGUGAAUUAUCCAAACUCGAUUUGAAUUUUAAUUCGAAUUUCAUCAUACGCUGGCCCUUUAAGAACUUGAAUUUGACUAUUUGGCAUCUUAAGGGCCCUUACAAACAGCCGUUUUUUUCUGCGGUCCCCUACAUUGUGCUUUCUUCUGUUCAGCCGCAGGGGAGGGCAGGAGUAGACGCAUUUAUUGUGAAGGGGGCUGUACUCACACAGACGCAUGUAAGCACCGAACGCAGGUGGGACGAAGCAUGCUGCAUUUCACCUGCGGCCAUCGCUUACAUGCGUCUGUGUGAGUACAUCCCCCUUCACAAUAAUUGAGUUUGUCUACUCCUGCGGCUGAAUGGAAGAAAGCGCAACACAGGGAAGCGCAGGAAAAAAUGACCGCGUGUAAGAGCCCUAAACUCGGUGUAUUGCUAUAUAAGUCAAUGGGAGAGGUGAUGUUUGCAGCCUUCCUCACAUUCAAGGUUUUUUAAUUGGAUUCGAGUUUUUCUAAUUCGAAUAGAAGGAUUAGAAAAAUUUUCAGGUUGAUUCAAUUCAUCCGAGCUGAGAAAAUUAGAGCUAUCAAUAAAUUUCGAUUGGUCGAAUUUCGAGUUAAUGGUAGUUUUAAAAAACUCACGUGAAUUGACCCCUAAUAAAUGUGCCUGUAAGACAGCAGCUGAAGGGCCACCAGUGAGGCAGAAUACAAAGGGCAAACCUAAAUUAGAAGACCAAGAAUUCUCAGAGAUCGUCUUAUUUUGGUGCAUAAAAGUGCUAUCAACUGUCAAUUGCCAUUGAGUUGUUGUGCCACUGAUUAGACUCAAAAAUAUUCUGUAAAUAUAUAUUGUAAAAAUUAGCAUUUUGGUCCUAUAUAUAUAUAUAUAUAUCUCCCCAGCACCUCCCCCCCCACACACGCGGCAUAUGAUAUGGAAGUAGAGACUAAGCAUAAAGAUGUCCAUUUUUAAUUUAUUGCUUAAAAAUAGUUUCAAUAAUGGGCAGUCUUUGGUAAAAAAUAAAAUCAAGAAUAAAAUAUUCACAAGUAACAUUACAUAGAGUAUUGCACAAAACUCUUUUCUUCAAAACUCAUGCAACAUGUCGGAUGUUGUGAAGAAACAGGGAAGUGAGGGAGAAAUCGCAGGUAAGAACUACAUUUAUCCGACUGUCGGAUGAAAAUGCAGCGCACUGUUUCUUCACAACAUCCGUCAUGUCGCAUGCGUUUCGUUGCAUGGCGAUGUGUUGGCACUGGAUGCAUCGUUGAGUUCCUCCCUGAAGUUCAUCAGCCAACCCCUGUGUGGCCAUUUAGUUAUUAUUCACAGUACUGAAAGGAAGAACUGGGUAGGUGAUAAAAGUUUUUUUUAUUGUUAAUUAGGAAUCACAGUGGUUAGUGGGGUCUGAGGUUUAAUUCCAGCCAGGGCACUAUCUGCCAGCAGUUUGGAUGUUCUCUUAGCAGGUUUUCUCCAUUUUCCUAUCACACCCCAAAAGUACAGAGGCGGGUUCAUUGGCUCUUGAUCACAUUGUUUGUGUGAAUGUGAUGGAGACCUUAGAAUGUAAGCUCCACUGGCGCAGGGACUGAAGUGAAUCAUGUAUGAUCUCUGUACAGCACUGUGUAAUAUGUGAGCGCUAUAUAGGCUUUGCCCACUAACAUGCACUUUGUUUAGCUCUGCUCUACUCUUCAUCUGAUUUCCUCUGCCUUUAAAGGAAUUGUCACUGUAGCUCUAAUAACCAUAAAUAAUACUUCUAGUCACAUGA